AUGGAAAUUGUUGAUGAAAUCAAGGACUCCACAGUUAACGAAACGGAUUUAAUUUUUUAUUAUAGAAGCUUGUGCCCAAUAAGUGACUUAUAUAACUGGCUAAAUUAUAAAAAUGACAAUAAGGGAAAACACACACGAUUAAAUGAUCCUCACUUUUUUUCGAAACGAGAAUUCUCCUUUACAUGUAAAAAAGGCGAUCAAGGAAAAGAAGAAAUUUACAUGAGAUGGCUGUCUUUCAACAAUGCCGAAGAAUUUAAGGACAAACUUCUAUCAAAUUUUGUGCCAAUUAAAUUUGAUAUAGGAGCAAUUUAUAAUUAUCCUGUAUCCCAAAAAGAUCAGAAAGGCGAUUUAUUUCAUCCUGUUCAAAAAGAAUUAAUAUUCGAUAUUGAUAUGAACGACUAUGAUGAUAUAAGAACGUGUUGUAUGGAUAAGAAAGUUUGUAAGUUGUGCUGGAAAUUUCUCACUGUAGCAAUAGUCCUAUUGGACACUUCCUUAAGAGAAGACUUCGCUUUUCAAAAUAUUUUAUGGGUUUAUUCAGGAAGAAGAGGAAUACAUUGCUGGGUUUGCGAUGAGUCAUGCCGAUACUACACGACCGACGCUAGAGCUGCUCUGGCGGAUUAUUUAAACAUAUUAUCAGGUUCAGACACUAAAAAAAAAAAAGUUUCCAUAUGGGGGAAGGAAAAAUACCCAAUGAUUGAGAGAGCAUUUGAAAUUUGUUAUAAAUAUUUUGAUGUACUAAUGGAAGAGCAGAACUUUUUCAAAAAAGGCUCCUCUCAUGUUCAAAAAAUAAUUGACUAUUUGCCCUACGCAUCCGCGAAGAACGUAGACCCAUUGAAAGGUGUGAAAAUCAAUGAACUCAAAGAAUUUAUAGAAAACAACAAUUUUAAUUCAAAAGAACUCUUCGAAAAGCUAAGCAACAUUUAUGGCUUUUUAACCCCCAGCAACUACUUUAAAAAAAAAGAGACUAACCCAAAUAUUGUUAUACCUUCAUACAUUAAAGAGAUAGUUUUUCAUUUCACAUACCCGAGACUUGAUAUAAACGUUAGCAAGGAAAUUAAUCACUUGCUCAAAAGUCCUUUUUGCAUUCACAAUGGCACAGGCCGAGUUUGUGUACCCUUGAACAUAAAAAAUAUAAACAACUUUAACCCGCAGACGGUGCCCACAUUAAAAUUACUGAGAUCACAAUUUGAUGACCCUCAAAAUGCUAAUGUUGAUGCAGAAUUCAGAACAUCCUUAAAACCUUAUGUAGACUACUUUCGACAGAGCUUUCUUGAGAACAUCCUUUUAUCAUGCGUGGAGAGGAGAAAAAGAAUAAGUGAAGGUUCGAAGUAUAUCGAUUACAACAAUUUAUAA